AUGGUCCCCCGUACCGUCAUUCCGAUUGACAAGAACUGGCAGUUCAAACAGGCCGACAAAGAAGGCGGUGACGAGUACCGCGCCGUAUCCCAGUUCCCAACCAAUGUUCAUCUAGACCUCAUGCACCAUGACCUCAUUCCGGAUCCCUUCAUUGGCAAGAACGAAACCGAUGUCCAAUGGGUCGGCGAGGCGCAAUGGACUUACAGGACAACCUUUGCCAGUCCAGAGGUUGCCACAGGCGCCAAAGUCAUUCUGGCUUUUGAAGGACUUGACACUUUUGCUACGGUCACGAUGAAUGACAAAGUGAUUCUCGAAACGGACAGCAUGUUUAUCCCUGAGCGCGUCGACGUCACAACUCACCUGUCGCAUAGCGACGAAAACGAGCUCGUCAUUACCUUCGACAGUGCCUACUUGAGGGGCUGGAGCCGGGUCGAGCAAUGUCCCGAGCACAUAUGGAGCUGCUGGAAUGGGGAUAGUUCUCGUCUGGCGGUCAGAAAGGCCCAAUACCACUGGGGCUGGGAUUGGGGUCCAGCUCUGCUCACCUGUGGCCCCUGGAGACCCGUCAACUUGGAAAUUUACGACUCCCGGCUGACUGAUCUGUACAUGAGCAUCGACAUCGACGAGUCUCUUAAGCGCGCCAAAGUCAUUGCGCACGCAGCGACAGAGGGGACCGCGGCGACGCACGUUCGCAUUGAUGUGUCACUCAACGGGAAAGAGGUGGCUUCAGAAACAAUUCCCGCUGCCAACACUGCGUCGGUCACUUUUCAUAUUUCCAAUCCCGAAUUAUGGUAUCCUAUCAGAUACGGCAAGCAGCCGCUCUACACAAUCAAGGCGACGCUACUAUCAAAGGGCACCACAGUCGAUACCAUGUCCAAAAAGAUCGGUCUGCGCCGCGCCCGUCUCGUCGAGCACCAGCUGGAAGACCAGCCAGGAACUAGUUUCUUCUUCGAAAUCAACAAUAUUCCAAUCUUCUGUGGAGGAAGCAAUUGGAUCCCUGCUGAUAACUUUGUUCCUCGUAUCUCGCCGAAAAGAUAUCGCGAUUGGGUCAAGCUGGUCGCCGAUGGCAAUCAGUUUAUGAUUCGAGUUUGGGGCGGCGGCCUUUACGAGGAAGCAGCGUUUUAUGAAGCAUGCGAUGAGAUGGGUAUUCUUGUUUGGCACGACUUCAUGUUUGGCUGUGGAAACUACCCCGCCGGGCCAAAGUUUCUUACCUCCAUUGAUCGUGAGGCCCGAGUCAAUGUCACCAGACUGCGUCAUCAUCCUUCUAUAGUACUCUGGGCCGGGAACAAUGAAGACUACCAGCUUGCUGAGCAGGAAAAUCUCGGGUACGAUCCCAAGGAUAUGAACCAAGACAACUGGCUCAAGUCAAAAUUCCCGGCCCGUUAUAUAUACGAAAAGCUACUUGCAGACGUAUGCAAAGAUCUUAUUCCAGAUGUUCCCUAUCACUAUGGUAGUCCUUGGGGCGGCAACGGCACCACUGACCCCACGAUUGGCGACAUUCACCAGUGGAACGUGUGGCAUGGCUCACAAGAGAAAUAUCAGAACUUUGACAAAUUGGUCGGUCGGUUUGUUUCAGAGUUUGGUAUGGAGGCAUUCCCAUCCGUCAAAACGAUUGAUGCAUAUUUGCCGCAGGGCAAGAACGAUCUUGAUCGCUACCCGCAGUCAUCUACCAUUGACUUUCACAACAAGGCUGCAGGACAUGAGCGCAGACUAGCUCUCUAUUUGGCAGAGAAUAUUCGAUAUGGUCCAGAUCCCCUCGAACAGUACGUUUACUCCACCCAGCUGAUGCAAGCAGAGUGCCUUGCGUCAGCGUAUCGUUUGUGGAAGCGUGAGUGGAGGGGUCCCGGUCGAGAAUACUGCGGUGGUGCACUGGUUUGGCAAAUCAACGACUGCUGGCCCGUCACUUCGUGGGCCAUCUGCGACUAUUAUCUCCGCCCCAAACAUGCCUACUACACAGUCAAGAGAGAGAUGGCACCCAUCUCCAUUGGCAUGACAAGACGCGAACAUCAGUACCCAAAAGACAAAUAUACCCGCGCCUAUAUCGACACCAAGAUCAAGGUUGAAAUUUGGGGCUCAAACCUCAUGCUACAAGACUUGACUGUUGACUGCGUGGUCAAGGCUUGGGAUGUCGAGACUGGUGAAGAGACUUUCUCCAAGAAGGUUGCCUCUUCCCUAGUGCUCCCUUCAAAUCGCUCAACUGAGAUCUAUGCCAUGGACGUUCCUGUCAGUACGCCAAAGACUGGCCUCGAGAGUCGCACAGUGGUUGCCUCGUACCUCUUCCAGAAUGGCAAACAGAUUGCGCGCUAUGUCAAUUGGCCUGAACCUCUCAAAUACUUGCAUCUGCAAAAGCCCAAGCACCUCACGGCGGAGCUAUCGUCGGAUGCCACACAUGUCGCUGUCAAAGCCGAAGUUCCCGUCAAGGGCGUCGCAGUCGAAUGUGAGCAGGACGGCGUCACGUUUGACGACAACUUGGUCGAUAUUGUACCUGGGGAGGUCGUCCACAUCGGCAUCAACGGCGCUUCGCAGGGCACCAUAAUUACUACUCGUUACCUGAACAUGCUUAGCUAG